GUUGAAUAUAUUUGCUGAGUUCGAAGUUUGGUCUCUGGUCCGGUUAGGGCAUUUGGCGCGGGAUGCAAACGAAAUUGGGGAACCUUAUAUCACCAAUUUCUCACCCUUUCAAUCCCAAUCUAUUCAUUUUCCUCCAAUCCCAAUUAAGUUGAGAGCGUUUCUGUGCUACUGGAUAUGGGUGCUCCAAAGCAGAAAUGGACCGCAGAAGAGGAAGCAGCACUUAAAGCUGGAGUUGUCAAGCAUGGUGUUGGUAAAUGGCGCACAAUACUGAAGGAUCCGGAGUUCAGUAGUGUCUUAUACCUGCGGUCAAAUGUGGAUCUCAAGGAUAAAUGGAGAAAUCUGAGUGUGAUGGCAAAUGGAUGGAGCUCUAGGGAAAAAUCUAGGUUAGCAGUCAGAAGGGUGCAUCAGGCCCCAAGACAGGAUGAGAACUCUAUGGCUAUCACUGCUGUUGCUGCAAGUGAUGAGGAAAUUGUUGAUGUUAAGCCUCUUCAAAUUUCUAGAGAUACGGUGCAGAUUCCUGGUCCAAAGAGGUCUAAUUUAAGCUUGGAUAAACUUAUAAUGGAAGCUAUUACUAGCUUGAAGGAGCAUGGUGGUUCUAAUAAGACAGCUAUUGCAGCUUUUAUAGAGGACCAAUAUUGGGCACUGCCAGGUUUAAAAAAGAUGCUGUCCGCAAAAUUAAAGUUUUUGACAGCAAGUGGAAAACUGAUAAAGGUUAAUCGCAAGUACAGGAUUGCACAUAUAGGAGGAUAUUCUGACAGAAGAAGAAACCCAUCCUUAUUAUUAUUGGAUGGGAGACAGAAAGCCUCUAUGAAAAUUGAGAAGGAUGAGACUGACAUUCUUACUAAAUCUCAGAUAGACUUAGAAUUAGCAAAGAUAAGAUCCAUGACUCCGCAAGAGGCAGCUGCAUAUGCUGCUCGAGCAGUUGCUGAAGCAGAAGCUGCCAUCGCAGAAGCAGAGGAGGCAGCAAAGGAGGCAGAGGCCGCUGAAGCUGAUGCGGAGGCAGCACAAGCUUUUGCAGAAGCUUCAACGAAAUCAGGGAAACCAAAGAGAUCCAUGCUUGAUGGUAGUUUGAGGCAUUAGACAUGGGGAUCAAUGAACCUUGGCAUUGAGGACAGACAACCAGCCAUAUAUCAUUGCUUGCAGGCAUCGUGGAGGCUCUUCUUGUGACUAUGCAGGUUUCACCUUUAUUGGGAGAUUGUUCUGAAUUUUUGGAUCUUGAGAUAUCCAUGUUGUAGAUAGAAACAUUGUUUAAAUCUUUCUUUUGUAAUUUCUUUAGAGCUGUUGUUAACUUAGCGCUCUGAUCAUGUAGUCAUUUAUAGAAAGUAGAUGUUUAGAUGAAUGGGAAUUCGUUCAAAUUUCUUCUCAAGGAUGCACAGCUUUAUCGGUGCAUGCUUUCACGUGUUCGAAAGCAUUUUUAAGUGUUGGGGAAGGGUUAAGAUGUGCGUUGGAACUAGGUGUUUUUUCUGUUGUAUAUUUAAGUUAUCUUCGGAGAAACUUUUUUAUUA